CUCCAUCCACCGAAUGGCCUGGUAGUGGGUGCUGAAGUCCGAAGACACCAGCCUCCACUCCGGCAGGGGUCCGCUCGAUCGGUCCUCCCCGCCGUCCUCGUGAAGCGUCCUCCUUCGGGCCCGCUUGCUCUGCACGCGGGUCCAUCCGUCCCCGUCGUCAGGAGCGGACUCCGUGGGCCGCUUCCUUCUUGCCGCCAUAGCAGAGGCGGGAGCUGAGAGCUCAACCGGGCCGUCUGCAGGGGCAAGUCAGGGAGAGCAGCAGUGAGGAGAGAGGGUCUGCACUCACUGCUGUCUGCGCCGGAACUGUGGUGUUGGGCUGCCCCAGCGUUCGCUCUAUAUAUGCAGAGCCAGAGGCGGCGGUGGUGGGUCUUUGGGCGAUAGGCUGGCUCCUGCCGUCUACUUCCGGACGGCCCAGUGACGUUGGGUGAGCCUCCACACGGUACUAGGCUCUAGCAUAUGCAGACAGCUCCAAGAGACCCCUAAAUUCCUCCAAUAGGGCUAGAUAGAUGCACUGCCUGACGGGGGCGGGCAAGCGCGGGACUAGGAGGCGGCGCACGCGCAGGACGCGGCGGACCACCGCUCCUCCCCCGGCCGCCAAAACUAUAAAAACCAGAAACGGCUGGGAAGACUCAACUGUUCUGUUCGUCCGUAGCCAUGGCCCGUACCAAGCAGACUGCCAGGAAAUCCACCGGUGGCAAGGCGCCCCGCAAGCAGCUGGCCACCAAGGCCGCUCGCAAGUCGGCCCCGGCCACCGGAGGAGUCAAGAAGCCUCACCGCUACAGGCCGGGGACCGUGGGCCUCCGUGAGAUCCGCCGCUACCAGAAGAGCACCGAGCUCCUCAUCAGGAAGCUGCCCUUCCAGCGUCUGGUGCGCGAGAUCGCCCAGGAUUUCAAGACCGAUCUCCGCUUCCAGUCCUCUGCCGUCAUGGCUCUGCAGGAAGCCUCGUAUGCAUACCUCGUCGGUCUCUUCGAGUACACCAACCUCUGCGCAAUCCACGCCAAGCGUGUCACCAUCAUGCCAAAGGACAUCCAGCUGGCCCGUCGCAUUCGCGGCGAGCGUGCCUAA